GCGCAGACGGCGGCAACGGCCGGUCCCGCCCCGCCCUCCCCAUGCUGGUGCUGCGCGCGGCUCGCAGGGCUGUUGGGCCACGGCUUGUCUUGAGGAUGACGUUGGGAGCAGAAAUUACUGGCCAGCUCAAAGCCUCUUCCUAUAUCACAUCAAACCGAAACCUUUUGAGAUGGGACCUGUCCCCAGAGCAAAUUAGAACAAGAACAGAAGAACUGAUCAGGAAGACAAAGCAUGUAUAUGACAGCGUUGGGAUGCUUAAUACUGAAGAAGUAACACAUGAGAACACUGUACAGGCUUUGGCAGAUAUAGAAGUGGAAUAUGCAGUGGAAAGAAGCAUGUUGGAUUUUCCACAGCAUGUCUCACCAGACAAAGAGGUGCGCUUAGCAAGCACAGAAGCUGAUAAAAAGCUUUCUAAUUUUGAUGUGGAGAUGAGCAUGAGAGAAGAUGUAUUUCAGAAGAUUGUUUAUUUGCAGCAAACCUGCAAUCUCAAAAAUAUAAAACCUGAAACAAAACGAUAUCUGGAGAAAUCAGUUCAAGUAGGAAAAAGGAAUGGACUCCAUCUUCCUAAAGAAGUGCAGAAUGAAAUAAAGACAAUGAAGAAAAAAUUGAGUGAGCUGUGCAUAGAUUUUAACAAAAACCUGAAUGAAGAAAAUACAUUUCUUGUAUUUUCUAAGCAAGAACUUGAAGGCCUUCCCGAUGACUUUAUUAAGAAUUUAGAGAAGACUGCAGAAGACAAGUAUAAAAUUACUUUAAAGUAUCCCCACUAUUUUCCUGUUAUGAAGAAGUGCUGCAUUUCAGAAACCAGGAGAAAGUUGGAAUCUGCCUUUAACACAAGAUGCAAAGAGGAGAACACAAAAAUUCUUCAGCAGUUGCUUCCACUAAGGGCAAAAGUAGCAGAGCUUCUUGGAUAUAAUACUCACGCCAACUUUGUCCUGGAAGUGAACACUGCAAAGAGCACAGAUAACGUAACAGCCUUCUUAGAUGAUUUGAGUAAGAAGCUAAAGCCGUUGGCUGAGGAAGAAAGUAAGUUCAUUCUGGAUUUGAAGCAAAAGGAGUGUGAAGAAAGAAACUUUGAUUAUGAUGGAAGAAUCAAUGCCUGGGAUCUUCACUAUUAUAUGAACAAAACACAAGAGCUGAAAUACUCCAUAGAUCAAGAGAAGCUGAAGGAAUACUUCCCAAUUGAGGCUGUUACAGAAGGCUUAUUGAGUAUCUACCAGGAGCUGCUUGGACUUGUAUUUGAGCAAGUAGAGGGUGCUCAUGUUUGGCAUGACAGCGUCACUCUUUAUACGGUAAAGGACAACUCAACAGGAGAAACUUUAGGGCAAUUCUAUUUGGACCUUUACCCCAGAGAGGGGAAGUAUGGACAUGCAGCAUGCUUUGGUCUCCAGCCUGGCUGCCUUCUGUCUGAUGGCAGCAGAAUGAUGUCUGUGGCUGCUCUGGUAACCAACUUUACACAACCAGCAUCAGAUCGCCCAUCAUUGCUGAGACAUGAUGAAGUGAAGACUUACUUCCAUGAAUUUGGUCAUGUAAUGCAUCAGAUAUGUGCACAGACUGAUUUUGCUAGGUUUAGUGGCACUAAUGUGGAAACAGACUUUGUAGAGGUACCUUCACAAAUGUUUGAGAACUGGGUAUGGGAAAAAGAACCACUACAACAAAUGUCAAGACAUUAUAAAGAUGAGAGCCACAUUGCAGACACUCUCCUUGAGAAACUUGCUGCCUCUAGACUGGCUAAUACAGGUCUUUUAACUCUCCGUCAGAUUGUUUUGAGCAAGGUUGAUCAGGCACUCCAUACAAAGCCAUCUAUUGACCCAGCAAAUGAAUAUGCUAAAAACUGCAUGGAGAUUCUAGGAAUACCUGCAACUCCAGGAACAAGCAUGCCAGCUACUUUUGGGCAUCUGGCAGGUGGUUAUGAUGGCCAGUACUAUGGAUACCUGUGGAGUGAAGUGUUUUCCAUGGACAUUUUCUAUAGCUGCUUUAAACAAGAGGGAAUAAUGAAUCCAAAGGCGGGGAUGAAAUACAGAAACCUUAUUUUGAAACCUGGAGGAUCAUUGGAUGGGAUGGAUAUGCUUCAAAAUUUCUUGGGGCGUAAACCAAGCCAGAGAGCUUUUCUAUUGAGUAAGGGAUUGUGUGUUCAGUAAAAUGAUGGUUCCUUUGUAAUGGCAUCUGAUUAUGAAAUAAGCUGGAAAUGUCAGUGUAUUUCACACCUUAACAUGUAUCAUUCUAGGUCACUUGGGUCACAUUUUGAUUUUUUUAAAUUGUAUUAAUAAUGUGACUUUUUAAUUGCAAAGGGCUAACAAAACUCAACACAUUGGAAAAAAAUCUGAGAUAUACACCAGCUGAGAAGUUUAGAUGGUGAUUUAUUUGUGAAUUGUUAUGAAAUAAUAUUAAUCAAUAUGGAGGUUUGCUGCCCUGUAUCUCUUUUAAUAGACACAUUUAAACUAUGUCUUGUGAUCAAAUUUUAAACUUGAGGGGGAGGAGGGAAGGAAGCACUACCAGCAAUAAAAGAAACAGAUGCAUUUUUAUUCUGUAUUCUUCUAUGGUACUGAUGGCUCACAAAUGUGUGUGCGGGAGAGAUGGUAUGUUUGCUUUCAUUGUGAUUUCGGCUCAGUCUAGCUUCCUGACAGAUUUCAAGACUGAGAGCCUUCUUCCAAACAGGUUUACAGCUGAGAUACUUGUGUGAUACCCUUAUAUUUUGUUAUGAUGCAUGUUAAAUUAUUGUACUGUUUAUGAAAUUAUACUAUGUGACUAAAAACUAAGACUAAUGUGAACUUUUCUUCAUUCAGGAGGAACAGGCAAAAUCUAUGAGCCUGGCAGUUCUACUACUUUUUUACUUUUUGUUGAUGAUCACAAGUCAGAUGUUUGUUUUCCCAAUUAUACUAACGAUGGCAAUUGCUAACAAGUCCUACCUGAACAAUUAUAAUGAUUUUAGUUGGUUUGUUAAAUAUUUUGGAAGAAAAAAAAACAUGCAGGCACACACACACACAUACAUAUAAAGGAAAGAAGAUGAAUACGUCCUCUGUGUGAUUGGUAAAAGUCAGUUCAGAAUUUUUACCGGUCCUAUCCAGUGUGGUAUGCAGAGGUGUCACAAAAAAAGCUUCAGAAGUUUCAUGAUUUCAGCUGUUUGAGUGUGAAAGUAACCCAGGAAUUAUUUUGCAGCUUUUCUGAAACAUCAGGGAAAAUGUCUUAUGAGCCAAUUCUACAUCCUGAAUAAAACUGCUAAUCCAA